AUGCGCUCUUUCGCUUCCCUCUUCACGGCCACCCUGGCCGCCGUCGGUGCCCUCGCCGCCCCCGCCGCCGAGCCCGUCACCACCACCGACCUCAUCAAGCGCCAGUCCACCCCGUCCACCCAGGGCACCCACAACGGCUACUUCUACAGCUGGUGGACCGACGGCGCGUCCCCCGUCACCUACACCAACGGCGCCGCCGGCGCCUACAGCGUCCAGUGGAAGUCCGGCGGCAACUUCGUCGGCGGCAAGGGCUGGAAGACGGGCGGCCCCAAGACCAUCAAGUACUCCGGCACCUGGUCCCCCGUCAACAACGGCAACAGCUACCUGACCGUCUACGGCUGGACCAAGAACCCCCUCAUCGAGUACUACAUUGUCGAGAACCACGGCGAGUACAACCCGGGCAGCGCCGGCACCCUCAAGGGCCAGGUCACCAGCGACGGCUCCGUCUACAAGCUGUACGAGAGCACCCGCACCAACGCCCCCAGCAUCGAGGGCACCAAGACCUUCAAGCAGUUCUGGGCCAUCCGCGAGAAGAAGCGCACCGGCGGCACCGUCACCACCCAGAACUUCUUCAACGCCUGGAAGAACGCCGGCAUGAACCUCGGCACCACCUUUGACUACAUGAUCGUCGCCACCGAGGGCUACAAGUCCGCCGGCUCCGCCAGCAUCAAGGUCGAGACCGCUGCGUAG